UUCACAUAAAUCACAUGUUUAGGUAAUAGCGUUCACAUGUUGCGUCAUUACCGUCAUCAUUAUGAUCGGAGCAACCUCGACCUCCGACUGGAUGGUUGCAGAGGGUUGGAGAGAAGGAUUGUUUAUGCAAUGUGUGUCUCCAGGAGCACCUCUACCUCUACCUUUUGAUAUGGACCCUACACCCGGAUGCUCUAAAGCAAGAAGUGCAAGCUAUUUACGGGGAUGUGCGGCUUUGGUGAUAAUCGGUCUAAUAACUGACUUUUUUGGAACAACCCUCACCUGCUUGGGGUUAAAGAGUACAGAUCCAAACAAAAAGUACAAAUAUUACCGUGUAUCCAUCUACGCUCUCAUUUUGGCAGCUAUCGCAUUCCUUCUAGCCGCCAUUAUCUACCCGGUUCAGUUCUCCAAGGAUCUUGAAGACGAACCACCAUACGAUGGUACUGUCAUCCAACCACAUCCGGUCAAAGGCGACCAGGACUUUGACAAUGACGGAAUUUUAAACCAUCUUGACCUUGAUGAUGACAAUGAUGGAAUUAAUGACGACGAAGACCCUGAUGAUGACAAUGAUGGAAUUCCCGACGAUAAAGACGAUGAUGAUGAUAACGAUGGUGUUCCUGAUGACAAAGAUGGAAACCAAGAAGAUUUUGAUGGGGAUAGUAUUCCCAAUGAUCAAGAUGAUGACGACGACAAUGACGGUAUUCCGGAUGAUGAGGAUGACGAUGAUGAUAAUGAUGGUGUUGACGAUGCCUUUGACAACGAUGACGACAAUGACGGCAUUGAUGAUGAGUUUGAAGAGGAUGCCGACGGUGACGGUGUUGUAGAUGGAAUGGAUGGGGAUGAUGAUGGGGAUGGUAAACCUGAUGAUGGUGGAGAUGAUGAUGAUUUCGACAAUGAUGGUGUGCCAGAUUCUUUGGAUAACGAUGAUGACAAUGAUGGUGUCCCAGACUCCGAAGAUAACGAUGACGAUGGCGACGGUAUUCCAGACAGUGAGGACAAUGACGACGACAACGACGGAAUUCCUGAUGACAUUGACAAUGAGGUUGAUUCUGAUAAUGAUGGUGUCCCAGACUCUGUUGAUAAUGAUGAUGAUGGAGAUGGUAUUCCUGAUGACAAAGACAAUGAUGAUGACAACGAUGGUAUUGAUGAUGAUGAAGAGCUGAUUGGAGCCAGGAGAGUUUAUUCUUUCGGGUUCGGAUACGGAGCAACCUGGGGAUCCAUCAUUCUAAUCUUUGCAUCUGUCGUCCUGCUAAUCUGCGACAGGGAGUCCGAGGAGAUCUUCUACAAGGAGAGGCAGGUUGAGGAGGAGGAGGAAGAGGAAGACGCAGGAGAGGUUUAACUGUAUCAUGUUCAAUACUACUCCAGGUCUCCAUGUCAUCAUUCCAGCCUGUACCAGACCCCCAUCCCCUUUGCAGGAUAGGAUUCUCUCGUCCUUAUCCUCAUCCAACCUUCAGAUUGUCUCAACUGAUAUCCUGAACACUGAGCAAAACCGGAAGUUCCGGACUUCAGUCAUCCAACGAAGCUCGAUUUGAAUCGAAAAAGUUGUUGUUAUUCGCGUAAACCUGUUUUAUGUUUGUUUUUGUUAUCCUUGUUCGACCCCCCGCACCUUUAUAUUGUACUCGUUUAUAAAAAACUACAUUUCUUUAAAGUUUCUGCUUGUUUUUUUAAAUCUGUUAAAACGUCUAGAGUUGUUCCUGCAAUUUGUAAUUAAUAUUCACUUCUCUACUGUACUCUAACCAUGUAUUGUAAAUAAGAAAUGUUGCAUGUUUCGUAAAUAUCUCCUCCUUGGUUCUAUCUCCUGCUCCGACAUUGGAAACCAGGCUGAUUGAGGUUUCCUUUGUACCUGGAGCAGGGUUAGCGAUAUCUGUACCGUUCUCUGACCUGACUGACCUGACCUGAACCAUCCAUCAUCAGAGUAUUGUGUACUCCAUUUACUCCAAGUACUCCUAGAACCAUGAAACUAGCUCCGUUGUAGAAUAAAUUGCGUAGGCCGGGACGGAUAAUAUCUAGUCCUUGCUCCUCUCAGUAUCUGGACCUUCCCAGAUUAGUUAUCCUUUACUCUCUAGUUACUCCUUUAAUUUUAAUGUAUUUUUAUAAAAAAAAUCAAUAAAAUUCUUUUUUAAUUAAAAAUUUGUUUGAGA